AAGAGGAGCGCAGCCCGUCGGCGCGCCGGGCUAGAGCUCUCGGAGAAGCGGGAUCGCGGGACCUGCGCGCGGGCGGGCGCUCUGCGCGGUCCGAGGCAGCGGGCCGCGCUCCCCGGCGCAGCAGCAGCAGUAGCAGCAGCAGUAGCAGCAGCAGCAGCCCCCGCCCGCGGCGAGACCGAGGCGAGCCGCCGAGCCGAGCGUAGCCUCGGGACAGAGGCCGGGCGAGCGGGCGAGCGGGCGAGCGUACUUUGCCGCGGACUUUGCGAGUGUUUUGUGGAUUUUUACAUGCCAAGCCGCCAAGAUGAUGUCCAUGAACAGCAAGCAGCCUCACUUUGCCAUGCAUCCCACCCUCCCUGAGCACAAGUACCCGUCGCUGCACUCCAGCUCCGAGGCCAUCCGGCGGGCCUGCCUGCCCACGCCGCCGCUGCAGAGCAACCUCUUCGCUAGCCUGGACGAGACGCUCCUGGCGCGGGCCGAGGCGCUGGCGGCCGUGGACAUCGCGGUGUCCCAGGGCAAGAGCCACCCUUUCAAGCCGGACGCCACGUACCACACGAUGAAUAGCGUGCCCUGCACGUCCACGUCCACUGUGCCGCUGGCGCACCACCACCACCACCACCAUCACCACCAGGCGCUCGAGCCCGGUGACCUGCUGGACCACAUCUCGUCGCCGUCGCUCGCGCUCAUGGCCGGCGCGGGGGGUGCGGGCGCGGCGGGCGGCGGCGGCGGCGCCCACGACGGCCCCGGGGGCGCAGGCGGCCCGGGGGGCGGCGGUGGCCCGGGCGGCGGCGGCCCCGGGGGUGGCGGCGGCGGCGGUGGCCCGGGCGGCGGCGGCGGCGGCCCGGGCGGCGGGCUCUUGGGCGGCUCGGCGCAUCCGCACCCGCACAUGCACGGCCUGGGCCACCUGUCGCACCCCGCGGCCGCGGCCGCCAUGAACAUGCCGUCCGGGCUGCCGCAUCCCGGGCUCGUGGCCGCGGCGGCGCACCACGGCGCGGCGGCGGCAGCGGCGGCGGCGGCGGCCGGGCAGGUGGCAGCGGCGUCGGCGGCGGCUGCGGUGGUGGGCGCGGCGGGCCUGGCGUCCAUCUGCGACUCGGACACGGACCCGCGCGAGCUCGAGGCGUUCGCCGAGCGCUUCAAGCAGCGGCGCAUCAAGCUGGGCGUGACGCAGGCCGACGUGGGCUCGGCGCUGGCCAACCUCAAGAUCCCGGGCGUGGGCUCGCUCAGCCAGAGCACCAUCUGCAGGUUCGAGUCGCUCACGUUGUCGCACAACAACAUGAUCGCGCUCAAGCCCAUCCUGCAGGCGUGGCUGGAGGAGGCCGAGGGCGCGCAGCGUGAGAAAAUGAACAAGCCGGAGCUCUUCAACGGCGGCGAGAAGAAGCGCAAGCGGACUUCCAUCGCCGCGCCCGAGAAGCGCUCCCUCGAGGCCUAUUUUGCCGUACAACCCCGGCCCUCCUCGGAGAAGAUCGCCGCCAUCGCCGAGAAACUGGACCUCAAAAAGAACGUGGUGCGGGUGUGGUUUUGCAACCAGAGACAGAAGCAGAAGCGGAUGAAAUUCUCUGCCACUUACUGAGGAGGGUGUGAGACGCCGGGUGGGGCACACUGGGGAGCUGAGGGGUGCGUUUCUGGGGUUCUCUCUGGCCUACUUCCCCUCAUUUAGAGUGUCUGUUAUCCUGCCUGCAUUUGGGGAGUUCCUUUACUUGCCUUUCCCUCAGCCCCACACUGCACCCUGCCCUUACUGUCCCCCAGCCUAGAGAAGGGUGUGGGUGUGGAGAAAGUUUGCGACGGCAGAAGGAGAGAAUGGGGGGCGUUUAGGUGAGCAGGGCGUGGGGGUGAAGAAAAGCAAAGACUAGAGCUGGGGGUUUUGAGAAGCAGGAUGGUUCUGGGGACUAGGGUGGGACGGGAAGAUGGGGGAAGAACUGGGGAUAGACAGAUAUCUUGACCAGAGACACUUACAAAAAUCAUCUGGGGACCAAGGAACUAUGUACAAAGACAAAACUACCAACCAUCACCAAAAAACAAAGCAUAAAACCCUAGACAAAUAAAGAGGGGGGUGGGAGACAAAGAAGGAGGCUUUAGGAAUUUAACUCCUGGGAGCAGUAUUCUGCAGCUUCGUUUAUCCCCAAGGAAGAGAAAACAGCAAUACCAUUACUACCACCACUCCAACUUCCCAAGCACAAGUGAGUCCUACAGGAAAACCAAACAACCCGGACCUUGAGCUUCUGGGGAGGAAGGUAGUUGUUCUGUGUUUAACUCUCCCUUCUAAAAUCCUACACCGUAUGUGCGCUCUUUGAUUCAUUUCCUCUUUUCCAAAGAGACUCCAAGGCUUCAGCCCAGCAGCUGGACCUUAGCUUACAUGCGCUUUGGGAAGCUGCCUGGUCAUUCACACCGAAUCUUCACUUUCCAGGAGCCAAUGGCCACAGCCUUGUGGCCUGGUCUUGGUCAGGUGAGGGUCUUUAGGCCAUGAGAGCCCAAAAGACAGAAAUUAGGUUCUCUGAAAAAAAUAUUUGUUCUGGGAUAAUUAAACGAUCUUAACACCUACAGUAGGGUUUUACUUUUAUAUAUUUGUUCAUGCAUCCAUGAACAAAUCUGAAACGUUUUUUUUCCUUCCACCCUACUUACAGAACUUUACCUUCAUGUGCCUGCCCUGUUUUCCGGAUUCAAACUCUACUGACACUUAUUAAUUUAGAUUGAAUGAUAGGGUGGGAGAUCAUAGGGAGGAAACUUCCUUCCAGUUCCACUUUUCUCCACUGAAUACAAUCUCACUUUUCUAGGUCCCUGUCUCCCUCCCUUGGAGAACAUGAAGUUGUUGAAAAGCUGAGAAGUUUCUGCUUUCAUUUGGGGGCAGGAGUCCCAUGUAAGAAAAAUCACCUAAAAUCCCAGAAGAAAGGAAGAGAUUUAAAGAUUUAAAGCCCCUCCCACCCUGUUCGUUUCAAAUAGGUCUGCACUUAUCCGGGAAAGCAGAAGUGUUUCCCUGUUGUUCUUGUGUUGUUCAAGGAUCAUUUAUUACCAGGGAUAAACGCUGAGUUGCAGAAACUUCAAUUUGCACUAUGAGUUUCCAAAAUAGAAAAUCAUGUAUGGUAUCUCAUACUAAUAAUCCAAACUGCUGAUAGAUUUUUUUUAAAUGAGAAAGACAGUUUGAGAAAGGAAAAAAAAAAAAACAAGAAAUGUGGUCUAGUGAAAUGCCUGCUUUGUUGUGUAUACGAUACUGUUUGGAUCUCAUGUGGAGAUGGUUUCUUACUAUCAUGUAACCACAACCGAAGAGGAAAAUGGAAGAGAUGAGGGGGGGAGCACUGUCUAGGAAGACUGAAAUCAUGCAUGGUCUGAAAGGUGCAGAAGGAAGUACGAUUAGGUCUCACUCUGGGUAGGCGUUGUUGUUUAUUUAAUUAUGUCGUAUGUCAUUGUUUGCAGCACAAAACAUUCUAUGCAUUUGAAACUGAGCACUAAACUGGGCUAGCUUUCUGAUAGACCGUUUUGUGGAUAGUGUGAUCUCACAGUCUACUUACUGCCUGUUUCCACUGAAAACACAACAUUAUUGUAAAUAUUUUCUUUCAUGCACAGGCUCACACAGUGGUUACAAACUGCCAGUGUUAAUCCUGAAAUGUCUCACCGACUGGUCCUCCUCCUGUCCAUGUUGUGUCUGCAGAGCUUUCUCCUUGGUUAUGUCUUUGCUCUAUUGCCCCCCCCACCCCACCCCACCCCAUCAGAACCAUUUCUGUGCGCCAACAUACAACAGGGAGGUGUGUCCCAGCACACUUCCAAAUAAAACGUGACUGAAAGAAGAACAAUUUUAUGAUCUGGGUGCAUUUUUGUGUUUACAUUGAGCCAAGUCCUGGUAGAGCCGGUCAACAAAUGAGACAACCAAAACAAACCAAAACAAACCAAAAAACAAAACAAAGCAAAAAAAAAAAAAAAAAACAAAACCCACAUCAAACAGACAGCCGCAAACAAACAUUAAAAUCAAAGAAGAAGGGGAAAGGGGGAGUCAGCAGGAAUGAAAGGGUGAGAUUUAUUUAUUUUUUUCUACAUGAGAGUUCAGUUUCAGAUAACUCCUGUAAGAUGAAUUGCUUGUCCAUUUCCUCAAACUUUUAAUCUUAAUUCCAGAAGCUCUUAAGCCACUGCACCCUGUUCAGAGCGGUGAGGGAAAGCUGUAAAUAAUCAGGCACCUGAAAGACAUUUAAGUCAUGGUCAGGGACACAGGCAUCUAAGGUUUGAAUGUGCUGUUCUACUCUAAAAACACUUCUAAAAACUGUUGUAACUAAACGACUUUUCCUUAGCAGUUAAUACAUUUUAAAAGUAUUCUUUGAUCUGCCCCAAUAACUUAUCAAAUGCUUCUCUUUAUUUAGAACAUUUUGCAUACCACCUAUUGCUUCAGAUUGACAAGAGAUUUUCUUUCUUCCUUCCUUUUCUUUCCUUCCUUCCUUCCUUCCUUUCUUCUUUUCUUUUUUCUUUUCUUUCUUUUUUCUUUUUUUGUGACCUGGAACUAGAUCAAAUGCCAAAUGUACAAACUUUCUUAAUAGUUGGGACUAUAUCCUCUGAAGUCAUCUUAUUUUAGCUAAAUCUUUUUAACUUCACCGGCAUAUCUGUGAAAGAAAAGUGAUGUUCAGAAAAGAAUAGUACAUUUUAAAAAGGUGUGAUUUUAAAACAGUUGUUAAUAUUUUAAAAAGCACUAGAGGUAUUUUUAAAAAUAGAUCUCUUCCAUCAAAAUUGGUUUGUUUCUGUUAUUGACUUGAAAUAUCAUCAGAGUUUCUAAUAAAAUACAUUUGUAAAAACACAUUAUUUUAUAGAAAAGUAUGACCAGAUUUCAUUGUUGGAGAUCCAGGAAUGAACAAAUAAAAAGAUUAACGAAGGUUGUUUUUCUAAUAAUCUGCUCAAACAGAAAUGUUGCAGGCAAAUACAUUUGUAUUAUAUAAUAAUGGAUAAUGUAUGUAUUAAGAAUUUAAGCAUUUGUUUUGUAUUAAGUAAAUCCUUGCCCAGUACUUAAAAAAGAGUAUUAUGCUAAUAAAACAUCAUGAAAAUGCAUUGCUUUGCAGGGUUUCCUAUUUUAUGUAGUAGGAAACUGUGCAAAACUUAAAAAAAAAAGUUUUGCUUUCUAGUAAGUUGGAUGUGUACAGAACAGGAAGGAAUGGUAGAGCUCUUUUAAGACUCCUUUAGCCGGCAGCCGAUGGCAAAUUUUAAAAGGAAAGCCCUGAAGAGAAGGCAAUGGUUUGCUGCUCUGUGGUAGUUUAGCCUUUCCAAGUUCUCUGGUUCCAAAAGUCGGGAAAACACGCGGAAUGGACUGCCUCCCAUAUCUACUAAUCGGUGGGGGGAAAAUGUGUGAGUCUGAAGUCCUCUAAAUAACACACGUUUCAAAAGGUAGGGGAACUAGGGUCCGAUUCUGUUUUAGUCUCUUAAGACACACAGGAGCAAAAUAGGAAAGCGGAAAAAGAAAAAUAUAUGCCUUGCCACCGAAAUGCUACCUUUCUCUUAAAACUGCUUUCUGAACUCUUCACGGGAUUCUGCUUUUUCUGUAGUUCUUAAGAAAGGAUGUCCCCAGCAUCCGUCAGCUAGCUUCUGGAUAGAUUUUUGUCUAAUGCGUGUUCUUAAAUUAUUCUGAACUUCAGUUAUAAACUGUUAAAUAAACAGUAGGCACCCACCGCA